AUGGUGCCAGCCGACGCCGCUUCGGCUUCAAGCCCGGCGCAUCCGUUCCACAGUCCGAGGCCACGCCAAAUCACCAAGCUCUCCAUGGCAGCUCCCACAGCCACACGAUCCUCACCGCACUCGCCGCACACCCCCACCCACCUCGCACAUCCGUCCAACAUGGCAGCAGCAUUCAACCCGGACGGAAGCCUCAGCGUCCUGCGCAAUGACGACGAUGCCAACAACAGCGGCCUGCUCGACCUCAGUCCGGCGUUCUCCAGGAUGGUCAAGUCGCGACCCAACUUUGGUUCGCCGCGCGGCGACUCCACGCCUUCGUCCAAGCCCUUGCGCCGCGUACAGACGGGCACCAAACCAAAGUCUCGCCUCAGCAUCCCUGUGGUGCUGUCCGAUCUCGUCCAUUCGUCACAGCCAGCCGGCGACCACAUGCACACCGACCCGCUCGCCCCCAACGGCGCCGCCCCCGGCACUUCAGUCGCAGCUCAUCCCUCGACGUCCAUGCACAUGUACGAUCCACUAGCACCUGACGCUGCUGCGGACGACGACCUCCAAGACGUAUCGGACGACCACGACGAUGCGCCCGCCUCGACGCUCACACGCCUCCGCAGAUGGCGCCAGGACGCCAUGCAGCAGCACCUCUACGACACGGCCAUCUUUUGGAGCACCAAACUGCUCUCGCUCGAGACAACAGCGGCUGCCUACAACGACGCCUACCAUCUCGCGCAGUGCUACUUCUACACACAUCAGUACGCCCGCGCCGAGCAUCUGCUCACCAACCCGCUCCGCAUCCGCGCUCCUCGGUCGCAAGCGCAUCCACCAGCUCCCACCGACGCCGCCGCCUCUUCGUCGGCCAAGCACACGGGUGCAGAAGGCUUCCUCAUGUCAGACAACGUGCAGGACGACGACGACGCCUUGCACGACGUGCUGCAGCGAACGCGAUCUGCAUCCAUCCUGCCGCCUAGCAUCAUGGCGCGCUCCUCCACCAAGGACAGCAUGUACUCGGCCACCUCCUCCACCACGGGCAAACGCAAGAAGCGCGACUACAACCUCUCGGCCAACGGCUCUUCGGGCGCCGACAGUGCCAGCAAUCCUGCCGACUCGGACGACGAUACACACGAUGCCUCGGCUGCGACCGACCGCGAUGGCUCGGUGCUCGUGCGCGCCUAUGCGAACCGGCGCUCGACACGGCCACCCGCGGAUACCACGCUGGAUCUGCAGCCCGACGUGGACGCGGUGCGCAACGCGAGCGUCGAGCGUGCACAUGGGCCCGUGCUCGUCAACCACAGCCUGGCAUGUCGCUACCUCGCAGCGCAGUGCCAGGUGCGGCUGGCAAAGUACCACGAGGCACUCGAUCUGCUCGGCGAGACCGAGCACUGGGGUGCGUCGGCGAGCAAUCGCAAACCCGCCACCGAUGGCGGCAUCAAGCUCGGUUCGUCGGUCGCCUUUCUGCGUGGCCAGAUCCAUUUGCGACUCGAGGACCUGCCUCGGGCGAGGGAUGCGUUUAUGGCUGCGCUGGCGCUGGACGUGAAGAACUACCAGGCAUUUGCGGCGCUGGUGGAUGGCGAGAUGCUGGGUACCGACGAACAGUGGGCGUUUGUGCAGAGUCUCGAAUACGCAGCGCAGGCAGGUGAUGAGCCGGGCGCAAGGGAGGACUACGAACUCGUACGUCUGCUCUACACCACGCAGCUUUCCAAGCAGGCCCGGACGCAUGCAGCCACCACGGCAGCAGCACGACGUAGGCUGGUGGCCGAGUAUGCGCUCGACGAUGAUCCGGACGUGCUGUGUGGGCUGGCUGCCGAGCUGAUUGCGCGGCUGCGGUAUUCGGAUGCCUUUGUGGUCACCAGUCGCGUGCUCGAACUGGCAGCUGAUCAUCCAACGGCCCUACCCAUCCACAUCGCCUGCACGUACCACCUCAAGAACCUGCGUCCGGCGCUGUUUAUGCUCGCGCAUAGGCUCACCGAGUUGCAGCCCGAAUCGCCCGUAUCGUGGUAUGCGGUGGGCACCUGGUACGCCACCACUCGACGCUGGGCCGAAGCACGCCGAUACUUUAGCAAGGCCUCGCUGCUCGAUCCGCGCUUUGCACCGGGGUGGAUUGCGUUUGGACAUACGUUUGCACUCGAGGGCGAGAGCGACCAAGCGGUCAUCGCCUACUCGACGGCAGCCAGGCUGUUUCCGCAAUCGCAUCUGCCCAAGCUAUUCGUGGGUAUGGAGCAUCUGCAUCAGGACAACCUUUCGCUUGCACGGCUCUCGCUCGAUGCGGCGGCGGCCAUUUCGACUGCCGAUCCGCUGCUGGCAAAUGAGCGGGGCAUCGUUGCGUUUCAGACGGGCGAUCUUGUGGGGGCGGUCGGCUUUUUCGAGAAGGCGAUUGAGCUGGCGCGCGAGACGCAGCAGCCCGCAGCAGCGUGGAAGGCAUCGUACCUCAACUUGGGCGUGGCAAGGAUGCGGCUUGGACGCGACAAGGCCGCAAGCGAGGCCCUGCAGGCAGUGGUGGAACUCGAUCCACACAGCUACCAGGCGCAUCUAUGUCUGGGCAUGCUGGCGCACAAGCACGAUAGGCUGGAUGAUGCGGUGCAGCACUACCACGAGGCACUAUCCAUCCACCCGCGCGACGCUCAUGCUACCGAGCUGCUCGACUUUGUGCUCGACGAAAAGGUGCACUACGGCGUCAACGAUUUCGCAAAGUACGAUCCGGAUUCGCGCCUGCGUAGAAGCGGCGACCAAGCGGCAAAGGGCAAGCAGAGACAACAAGCGGUGGCCCAAUCGGUGCUGAAGGCGUCGACGCAAAGUGCUAGCCCAACGCGCACAGCACCCACUCACCACCCGGCCACGCCACAACGAACCCCGGCACACGCAUCGAUGCACUCGGCGGGCGAAAUGAGCCUCGACACGUCAGCGUCGCACUCGCAUACGGCGCACACCGACGCCGACCAGUCGAGUGUGCUCAUGGACGAAUCGACGUCGUGA